AACUCCUCAGCAGGGCAGGCACAGGGAGCACGGAAAAAUCAGCAGAGAGAGAGAGAGAGAGAGAGAGAGAGAGAUGGGAAUCGUGGCAGGGAUAGGUGUGAUGGUGCCAUUUCCAUUCUACUACUGGUUGUGGAGGAGGCCACAGGCAUGGGUGAAUCUGUGUGGGAGAGGGCGUGACCCAAGCAAAGUGAUGGCUCUGGUCUCUCACUGCUUGAAGCUGAUUCAGAUCCUCUCUCUCUUCUCUGUCUCUUCCUUGUCUUGGCCUCCCCCCCUCUACUUCUGGCCCCUCUUCCUCUUUGGCCAGUUCCUCAACUACAGGGUUUAUCAGUUGCUUGGUGAAUCUGGGACCUACUAUGGCGUGCGAUUUGGGAAGAACAUUCCGUGGGUGACUGAAUUCCCUUUUGGAUACAUAAAAGAUCCUCAGUACGUUGGAAGCAUCAUGAGCCUUGUUGCAUGUUUAGCUUGGGUACCCUUUCAAUACGUUGCCUUGUGGGUGCUAGGCUAUGUAUUUAUGGUGCAUCUAGAGUCGACUGAAGAUCCAGCUACACGGGCUAAGCCAAUCUCAUAAUCUUUCAUGAUUCUGAAUCUACCAGCAACUUUGGCAUCAUUCUGCAUAACUGCAGUGGAUGCUUCGGGACACCCCUUAGUUCUUUUUCCAUAGUCUAGUGAUAGUUUCAUCCAGAUUCAUUCUUUACCUCUUUCUGGAGCUGGACACCAUGUUGUAUUUCCUUCUUUGGAAGACUGAAUAAUUCUUUAACCAUGCUGACAACAGGAUAUUUAGUUUCAUGGUUGAAAUGCUUCGGCUUUUAGCUUCUAAA